GAUAGCUGGAACACUGUUGGGGACAAUCUGAUUGGUCGACAUCCACUGGGCGUGAACUUCUCUCAAUAUAAGCUCCACCCUCUCGCGUGAGCUGAACACUUUGACUGGAGAGUUCAGGUAUAUAGUUCUAUGCAUCAAACACACUUGGUCAUUUAUGUCUUGCAAGGAAACAUCUUCAGAUUGCUGAUCUUCAGACUGUAAACUUUGAGGUUAAAAGUUGCACUUCGUAGUUCAUUCCCGAAUUAGGAAUAUUGCCAAAUACAGAAUCAUGGAUGAGAAGCAGUUUACAGAAAUUAUCAAUGUUACUGACUUGGACAGUGUGUCGUCAACUGAUGAAACGGAGUCUUUGGAUAUGGAUGAGUGCAGAAGUGAUUCCAGUUCACCAACUAGGCAGCUUACUGGGAAGAUAAAGAAAAAGGGAGUUUUGGCCAGCAAAUGUAUGAACGAAAGGGAACUUCAAGAACUUCGCCUGAAAAUCAACAGCCGUGAACGCCGUCGAAUGCAUGACUUGAACUCCGCCUUGGACGGCCUCCGAGAAGUGAUGCCAUAUGCCCAUGGUCCAUCUGUACGAAAACUGUCCAAAAUCGCUACUUUGUUACUGGCGAAGAACUACAUUCUGAUGUUGAACAGCUCUCUAGAUGAAAUGAAGAAACUGGUGAGUGAUGUGUACCAGACCCAUCCUGCCCGACGCUCCGGGGGUACCCCGUCCGUAAACAUCCCGUCCGUCCAUCGGCCCAGUCCCACCGGUCAGCGCCCGGCCCACGCACAGUUGCCAGUGUUGCCGUCAGUUCCACAUUUAUCAUCUUUACUACCUCACGCAGCCGUACCAAGAGUAAGCCCGGCACCUUCAUCCCCACCGGAUCACCGCCUCCCGAACGGGUUGCCCGACCCUCGUGUUUCACCACCCGUGGGUGUUUCCAGUAGCAAAGACGUUUCUGCUCAUUCUGUGAUUUCUAUGGCAUCCUCAGCACUGUCAUCUCACGACCGUCACACCAUGUACAGUCGCUGGGCUGGUCCGUGUACAUGCAGCCAAUGCGCCUUGGAUUCUUUACGGGUGUCCUACUCCACACUUCAUCCCAAAUACCCAGCAGCGCCAGUUCUGAGGAAGUAA